UAUGCUGCCAUAGUUAGUCGAAGCAGGACCUGUUUUUAGCGGAGAAAUUAAGAUUUAUUGGUAAGAUUUUAAUGUUAAAAAAAUUAUCACUAUAUUUUUAAUGUGGAUAAUUAGAUAUCUCACUUAAGUUUUAUUUUCAGAAUCAUGUCAUACAGCCCCAGCAUUCUCGACAUUGGAGAACUUAACAGAUUUGUAUUUGAUAAUGUUGAUUCUCAAAUCACAACUCCUUUGAACGAAGUUGAUCAGACAGAAAUACAAGAGCCCAAUUCUGAGGAUCUACAGGAGGCAAACUACAAAACGUAUUUUGAAAACUUAACAAAUCAGCAACAUUUACCAGUUAAAGACUCUCAGAAUAAUCAAGCUCAAAGUUCCAAGAAGACUAAAAAAAGGAAGCUGGACACAUCUUUGUCUUAUGUUAUUCGAAAUGAACCAGGAAAAUGUCAUCAUUUGAUAAAUAUAGCAGUUUAUGAUCUGAGUGGUGACACUGUUCCAGGAAUUAAUUACUGUGAAAAUAAUAAUGCUCGUGUAAGUGUUCAGUACCUAGUGAAAGACUAUUGUGAUGAUAUUAUGGAUGAAAUUGAAUAUUUGAUAGGUAAAAUAGUAAAAAAAAUUAGCUUGUCUAAUCAACAGUAAAUCUUAUUUGGACAAGAGUGUAAGCUGCUUAUUACUUAUUGUUGAAUAUAAAA